AUGGAAGGCUUACCGACUAAAAUGAGAAAGAAAAAAGCAGCAACACUUAAUUUUUUAUCAUGUAUUAACACUUUACAGUUGAGCGUUUUUGAAAUGGAAGCAGUUUCAAUUGGAGAAGUGCUAACUAUUGAGAUUGUGCUGAGAAACUACUAUGAAUUUCAGCAAAGUUUUAAAUGGAAAUGCGAACAAGUGCAUGUCCUUGAUGGAGAGACCAAUUUGUUCUUCAUAUUUAAAUUCAACAAAAUGUUUUCGGAAAAACUGAACAAUCAACAAGUGAAAGCUUCACGACUAAAUGAUGCCUUGUGA